AGUGAUUGGUAUCAGAGUAAGGGCUCCAAUUUGAAGGUUUAACCACCUAGGAGAUUAUCAAGAAUUGCUCAAUUUCAAGCUUCUCAACCAUUGAAGGUUUGUCUACCACUAAGCCUUCUUUCUUUGAUGGUACUAAUUAUAAUUUGGAAGAAUAAGAUGAAGGUCUUCAUGUUUACAAAUGAGCCCAAGGCAUGGAUUGUGACUAUGAAAGGUCUAUAUGUGCCAAUGAAAGUUGUUGGAGAAAAUGAGGUGCCAAAGGAAGAAGUUGAAUGGAAUGAUGAAGACUUGGAGAAGAUCAAGUUCAACAACAAAGCAAUCAACAUGCUACAAUGUGCUCUCAAUCCAAUGGAAGUUAAUAGAGUUUUUGGGUGUGAUACAGCUAAAGAGAUAUGGGACAUGUUUGAGAUGAAACAAAAUGAGAGCAUUAAAGAAAUGUACACAAGAUUUAAUGAUAUAGUCACCAAUCUCAAGGCUCUUGGUAAAGUUUAUCCCAAUCAAGCAUUGGUAAGGAAGAUCCUUAGAAGCUUACCUAAGGUUUGGGAAACCAAGAAGACCACAAUUAAAGAGGUUAAGAAUCUCAACACUCUCAAGCUUGAUGAUCUCAAUGGAAACUUGAUGACAUAUGAGAUUGAUAUUCAAGUUGGUGGUGAAGUUGAAGUAGUUGAGAAGAAGAAGAAUGUUGCAUUCAAGGCUAGCAGCCAAAAGGAAGAGAGUGAAGAUGAUGCUAGUGAUGAUGAGUCUAGCAAUGAGGAAGACAUCAAAAAAUUAGUUUCAAAGGAAGUGAAGAAAUAUAUGAAGAAGAGCGUCAAAUGCUAGAGGAAGAAUAUGUAGUGAUGAUGUUGAUAAAAGAAAGCCAAGCAAAAAGCAUAUCAAAUGCUAUGAGUGCACCAACGAGAGGUUGGAUCAAGUGGCAAGCGGCUUGUUCCAGCUUAAGCAAGGUCUCGAGUUCGAAACUUUGUGUACGCAGCAGUCUUCGUUGGGA